CUCUCUGGGGGCAUCAUCGAGGUUUCAAAGGCCUCGUCUUUAGUUUUCUCAAACAAACGGCGAGGGCUUCCGUCCCAAAAUCCCCACUCGAGAUUUCCAUCCCCAUAUCUACUCUCCCUCUCUCUCGAUCUCCGAUUCAAAAUUCAAUCCGAGUAUUCAUUCGAGCGAGCGCGAGAGAGGCAUCGUCGAUUGUGAUCAGAGCUUGAAAAAUCUAGGGUUUCUGUGUUUGUUCGCGGAAGUUCUACCCAGAACAGAGGAUUUCGUGCUGUUAUCCAAUGGCGGACGAGCAAAGGGGCUUGAAUCGAACAGCGUCCCGAGAUUCUGCGCUAGUUGUUCCUUGUUGUUGAGAAAAAAGGGGGAAGUCUCUGUGUUUCUCUUCGUUUUUGAAAUUUUCUGGAGAUCUAGGGUUUGCUUUAGUUGUAUGAGAGAGAUAGAGGAUGGUGGGAAUGGACGUCGAAGUAGCUAGAGACGUCGGUUCAUUUGAUCCGGACCUGUUACAGCUACAAGAGAUCUCUUCCAUUGCGUUGAAGGAUAACCCUCAGAUUGCUGAUCAGCUCUAUUCUCAGUGGCUUACACUUCCUGAAACUGCUAGAUUGGUAAAAUCUUUGAUUGAAGAUGCAAAGUCAGGACUGCCUUUAAAUGUUUCUGGGAGUUCCAAUGGUGCAAAUGCUACUGCAACCAAUUCGUUGCCCUCCAUGUUCCCUGCAGGCAGUGCACCUCCACUUUCACCAAGAAGCAGUUCUGGAUCUCCACGCUUUAUGAAACGUAGUUUAGGUGCUGGCCCUUCACAUCUAGGAUCUCCUCUGAAAAUCGUUAAUGAGCCUGUAAAAGAAGUUAUACCUCAGUUCUACUUCCAAAAUGGGCGCCCACCGCCAAAUGAUCUGAAAGAGCAGUGCUUAUCCCGUAUUGAUCAGAUUUUCUUUGGCCAUAUGGAUGGACUUCAAGUCCAAGACUUUAAGUGUGUCACAAAGGAAAUCUGCAAGCUACCAUCAUCCUUUUCCAAUGUCCUUUUCAGAAAGAUUGAUGUUGAUUGCACAGGAAUGGUAACAAGGGAUGCCUUCGUUAAGUAUUGGAUUGAUAGCAACAUGAUGACGAGGGAUAUAGCUACACAAAUAUUCACAAUUUUGAAACAACCAGAUAGGAAGUACCUCACUCAGGAGGACUUCAAACCUGUUCUGCGAGAACUUUUGGCAAGCCAUCCAGGGUUGGAGUUCUUGCAAAGCACUCCUGAGUUUCAGGAAAGAUAUGCGGAAACUGUCAUAUAUAGAAUAUUUUACUAUGUGAAUAGAUCUGGAAAUGGCCACCUCACCCUCAGGGAGCUUAAAAGAGGAAAUUUAAUUGCUGCAUUGCAGCAUGCUGAUGAGGAAGAGGAUAUUAACAGAGUUUUAAGGUAUUUCUCUUAUGAGCAUUUCUAUGUGAUAUACUGCAAAUUUUGGGAGCUGGACACAGAUCAUGACUUCUUGAUCAAUAAGGAGAACCUUAUCAGAUAUGGAAACCAUGCACUUACUUACAGAAUAGUUGAUAGAAUUUUCUCGCAGGUUCCAAGAAAAUUUACCAGCAAGGUCGAAGGAAAGAUGGGAUAUGAAGAUUUUGUUUAUUUCAUGCUGGCAGAGGAGGAUAAAUCAUCUGAGCCCAGCCUUGAGUACUGGUUCAAAUGUAUUGAUUUGGAUGGAAAUGGAAUCCUCACACCCAAUGAAAUGCAAUUCUUUUACGAGGAACAAUUGCAUCGUAUGGAAUGCAUGGCUCAGGAACCUGUACUAUUUGAAGACAUUUUGUGUCAGAUGGUUGAUAUGAUUGGACCAGAGAAUGAAAGCUACUUUACGCUGCGCGAUUUGAAGGGCUGCAAACUCUCAGGGAAUGUUUUUAAUAUUCUUUUCAAUCUCAACAAGUUCAUGGCAUUUGAAACCCGUGAUCCGUUCCUUAUUCGUCAGGAGCGUGAAGAACCGACAUUGACAGAUUGGGACCGCUUUGCCCACAGGGAAUAUUUAAGGCUGUCCAUGGAAGAAGACGAUGCCUCUAAUGGAAGUGGGGAUGUUUGGGAUGAAUCCCUUGAGGCUCCCUUUUGAAAUUGAAGUCAGGUGACAGCAAGAAAACUAGUCUUUGAGUGCAUUUGCUCAAAGCUGAACAGGAAAGCAAAUCAUACAUCGCAAGGGAAGCUUUUACUUAUUAAACAAAUUUUUUUUUGGGAGCAACAUCUGAUUUUUUGUCAGAACUUCAGAUAUAACCUUCGUCAAUUCUGUGAGAACUGUGCAACUGAUUUCUGGUGGGCAAGAUUUUUGUUGCUGAGAUAGAAGCUGGGUGAACAAUGUUCCUAAGAUCAGCAAGCAAGAUGUGGAGAGGCAACAUUCAAGGCCUUUUUCUAUCCAUAAUCAUGAAAGUGGGUAUUUAUUGGACAUUGGUCUUAGUUUUAGGGUAGAAUUAAAAUUUAUCAGUUGGCUGGCAUUUUGUUUUCUUUUUCUAUUAUUCCCCUGUAAAAAUUGUCUAAAAAGUAUGGGCUGGUUUUGUUGCUGUGUUUUGCUUCUUCCUGACGAGUAAACUGUGCUCAGGUGGUCUGUCUUAAACUUCAGUUUUUUUACAUGUUAUUCUGUUUAUUGGAUUCAUUAUAAUGAAAAGAAAGCAAACCAUCUAUCUCUUUCA